CGUAAUCGUACUUGUCGUACACAUUCGAACAGAGGUGGAUCUCGCGACGGAGUUUCUCGGGGUUAUAGUUCUACAUACGACUCGUGGUGGCGGUACGACACGCUCGCACUCAUCACGACCACCAUUAUAGACAUCAUCGACGGGAGUAGACUGCUAGAGUCCUCUUGUACCCAUCAAGUAUUCACACCAUGUCAGCUCCAGAGGUAUUUCAGCUCUCUAUGGGUCCCCUCACGGGGGUGGCUUUCAGUCCUGAUCGUUCUCAGGUAGCUGUGUCACCCAACAGUAACGAGGCACAGAUCUACACCAAGGUUGGAAAUGAAUGGGAGCUGAAACAGACCUUAGCCGAGCACGACAAACUCAUCACUGCCAUCUCCUGGGCGCCACAGACCAAUCGUAUCGUCACAUGUUCUCAAGAUCGCAAUGCCUACGUCUGGACUCCAGUGGGAGACGCAUGGAAACCUGCCCUUGUUCUUUUACGUAUUAAUCGAGCCGCUACCAGUGUUAAGUGGUCUCCAAGGGAAGACAAGUUCGCCGUCGGAUCGGGAGCUCGGACCAUCGCCGUUUGUUCAUUCGAUGAGGAGAACAAUUGGUGGGUAAGCAAACAUAUCAAGAAACCUCUUCGUACGACUGUCUUGAACAUCGACUGGCAUCCCAACAACGUCUUGCUGGCGGCAGGUGCGGCGGAUGCCAAGGCUUAUGUGUUCUCGGCGUUCAUCAAAGGCGUGGACCAGAAACCUGAGCCCACUGUCUGGGGCGACCGUUUGCCAUUCGGUACCAUUUGCGGAGAAUUCUCCAGUCCUAAUGGUGGUUGGGUUCAUGAUGUUGCAUUUUCUCCCUCCGGUGACGUGCUCGCUUUUGUCGGUCAUGAUUCCUCCAUUUCCAUCAUUUACCCUUCUGGACCCGGUACUCCACCUACCGCUCACAUCUCUAUCCGUCUCCCAUCACUCCCAUUGCUGUCUCUGACCUUCACCUCUGAAGCACAAAUCAUCGCUGCAGGUCACGACUGUCAACCCUUGGUAUUCAGUGGCUCGUCUUCCGGCUGGACCCUCACUCACUCGCUCGACGACCCCUCCGCCACUGGCACUCGAGCCCUUACGCCUUCGCAUACUGGUUCCCGAGUAUCUUCGGGUGGUCCGGGCAGACUCAACAACGAAGCCUUCCAGCUAUUCAAAGCUGCAGAUUCGAGAGGUCAGAGCAAAACAGCUAUCGGAUCUCCGACCAGCGCGGGCAUGACCCCAGUGGGACAAGAUGGGUUGUUGUUGACAGUGCAUCAGAACUCCAUCACCCUCGUCGAGCCAUACGAGUGGAGCAGCACAGGCGAUGUGGCCAAGGUGUCCACGGCAGGGAAAGAUGGAAGGCUGGUUGUUUGGCCUGUGGUAGGCAAGGGAUUAUCUGGCAGGAUGGCAGGGUUGUCGGUGUAACGGUUCGUACGUCUCUGUCCGGCCUUCCACAUUGGACAAGUAAGCAGAAUACGAAGGGGGGCGAUGAUCAACUUGUGUGAAAGUGGCAGUGUUAGACGAUGAAAGGAUGAACAUACGUCAUGACAAGAAUUUCUCGACGUG